CUCGUGAUCCACCUGCCUCAGCCUCCCAAAGAAAUAAAUAGAUUUUUAAAAAGAAGUUCUGCAUGAGGAGGGAGGAAAACAACCACGCAAAAACACAGGAGACCACAUAAAGUCCCAGCUCUUCUGUGUGCCUUGGGAAACCAUGCCCAGAGCCAUUAGCAUUUGGUGACCCCUUGUGUCCUGAAGUCGGGGGGGUGGCGACUCAGAAAAGUGGCUCUUUUGCACCAAUGAGCGAGGCCCCAUUCAUGGUGGGGUGGGGAGGAGGAGUACCUGCUGGGAGUCAAGGGGAGAACACUGAAUGAGAAGAGGGAGCCCCUCCCACGGAGAAGUAGUCCAUAUAGAGCACCACCCCCACCUUGACCCCUGGGAGACCCAGGCACAUUGGCAUGGUGAGUGGCAUUUCUCCACAGGGCAUCUUGGGAAGGUGAAGAGCCUGGGUAAAAGGGACAGCCUCAAGACAGCUGCUGGAGGUUGUUAAGCUCUUGCCAGGAGUCAAGGUGCGUGCCUCCUGUGCCCUCUUGCCUCCUGCCCCUGAGCACAGUAAUCAUGCCUCGCGGUCAGGAGAGUAAGCGUCGUGCCCGUAAGAAACGCUGCCAGGCUCGAGGUGAAGACCGAUGUCUCAGGGGUGCUCAAGCCACCGCAGCAGAGGAGGAAGGGCUGCCAUCCUCCUUUCCUGCAUGCCAGAGUGCUUCCCAGAGCUUCCCAGCUGAGGGCAUUCCUCAGGAGUCCCAGAAAGCUAGAUACCCCAGCUCUCCAGCUGCAGCUGUUUCGCUCACAAGUUCUGAUGAAGGUGCCAAGGGCCAAAACGGGGAAAGUCCCAACUCUUCCCGAGGCCUGUCCUUCUCUGAGAGCUCAGGAGAAGACCUUCUGGAUGUGAAGACGGGCCAACUGGUGCAGUUCCUGCUCAACAAGUAUACGAGGAAAGAGCUCUUUACGAGGGAAGCCAUGCUGAAGGUUAUCGACAGAAAGUACAAGCGGCACUUCCCUGAGAUCCUCCGGAGAAGUGCCGAGAAUGUGGAGUUGGUCUUUGGCCUAGAAUUGAAGGAAAUGGACCCCAGACAUCACUUAUAUAUCCUUGUCAGCAAGCUGGGCUUUCCCAAUCAAGAGAGUCUGAGCGAUGGCGGGGACUUUCCCAAGAGCGGCCUCCUGAUGGUUCUCCUGAGUGUGAUCUUCAUGCAUGGCAACCGUGCCACUGAGGAAGAGAUGUGGGAAUGCCUGGGUGCAUUAGGGAUGCAUAAAGGUACGGAGGACUUCAUCUUUGGGGAGCCCCAGGAGCUUGUCACGAAAGAUUUGGUGCGCGAGGGGUACCUCGAGAACCAGCAGGUGCCCGGCAGUGAUCCUCCACGCUACGAGUUCCUGUGGGGUCCCAGGGCCUACGCUGAAAUCAGCAAAAUGAAAGUUCUGGAGUUUGUGGCCAAGCUCAAUGAUACCGUUGCCAGUACCUACCAGCCCCAGUAUGAGGAGGCUCUGAGAGAUGAGGAAGAGCGAGCCAGAGCCAGAGCGGCAACCAGAGCGGCAGCCAGGGCCAGAUCUAGCAGGUCCUCCCAGCCCUAGGGAAGUCUCAGGCAGUCCUCACUAAGAGUCUGAAAAGGGCUGUCCACCAUCUGAGUAUUUGAGGGUGAGGUGGGGCUGGAGAGAGUCCAAGGCUUGUGUCUUUCUUGUGUUCUGGUUAUUUGCAAGCUACUUGUAGAUUCCUCUUUCUCUUCUGUGUCUACCGUAUGUUCCUUUGAAAGAGAUUGACUUUGAUUCAGAAUCUAAGUUCAUGAAUUAGGUGCCUCACACAAUGGUUGCUGUUUAUCACAUUAAAGAGUGAUGUUCUUACAUUUUGUAAAACAAAUUGGAAAUUUUUACUUAUUAGAUUGUGAUCUAAUGCCAGAAGAAAUAGCAUUGGAAUAAGGACUGGCUUUAAACUGAAAAAACUGAACACUGAAUCAGUUGGGAUCACAAGAUGGUGGGGAAAAAAAUGUCAAUUGAUUGGCAACCUUUGACAUUUUAAAAUCUUAUUUCUUUAAGUCUUUUGUUGUGAUCAAAUGAAAAGCUAUAUACUUAUAGUUACUAUGUGUAUUCAAGAAUG